AUGGUUAUCUCCAGCGUUCUGGAUGCCAUACUGGCGGUUACGACGAUCAUCCUUCGGUGCACUGCAGUAUUAUUCACACGAUUUCAUCCUCUUGGAAGAAGAUACUUGAACCAAAUCUACGGCAACGGCGUAACCUACUUUAUUUGCCUUCUUGCUAAGAUCCUUACCAAUAAGUCGCAAGCCGCCUCCAAACGCCGCCGUUCAGGCCUCGUGUUGCUAUUUGGCUGGUUCGACCCAAGGCAACCGCUUGCUAGCUUCAUCACAGUAUUCUUGAACCUCUUAUCAUUGGGAGCAGUCUGGGACUUUCUUUACAGAAGUCAUAUCUUCCAUCAGAGCAAUGAGCUGUCUUUCUCCCGCGUGGGUUAUGUGGACGAGACAUCGGCUCGCAUCGUCGUUCGCGCCCCGGCAGAGCCGGCCACGUAUGUUGAGAUAAGACUGAGUUCCGCUGAAGAGAGUGUCGACCAAGUCGAGCCUCAAACGAUCGCUGUCACCGAGUCAGGUGACUAUGUCGGCACAUUUGUGUUGGAGGGACUGAGGCCUAAUACGAAGUAUUCUUACUCGACCAAUGUUAGCCAUACCGGCUCGUUCAAGACGGCAGAUCAAAGUCAAAAGCGAUGGGGCCUUGUUUCGACCAGCUGCAUCAAACCAUUCUACCCCUAUAGCCCUCUGGACCAUGGACUUGGAAUUCGUGGGUUAGAGUACUUGGACCAGUAUAUCUCAGUCAAUCCAGUUGACAUGAUGCUCUUCCUCGGCGACUUCAUCUACAUCGACUUGCCUGUCGCCCUAGGCUGGACACCAGAUCACUACACAAGUGCGUACCGCCAGGUUUAUGCUUCCCCGAGCUGGACACCGGCAUUGCGCUCCUUGCCUUGGCUUCAUGCUUAUGAUGACCAUGAAAUCAUCAACGACUGGGCGGCCAACGAGACCGGGCUGUACCAGUCCGCCAUGCAGCCAUUUUGGGCUUAUCACGGUCAUGCAAACCCGGCAUCACAGUUCGGUCAGGGCAAAACGCACUAUAUUUUCCGCCGAGGCGAUAUUUCGUUUUUCGUAAUGGAUACUCGGCGCUACAGAUCCGCCGAAUCGACGGAAGACGGACCCGGAAAGACGAUGCUCGGUUCGGCCCAGCUUGCCGACCUCCAACAGUGGCUAGCGUCUGAAAAGGCGUGGAAAGUGGUUGUAAGCAGCGUGCCGUUUACUCGAAAUUGGAGGGGACCCGAUUCGGCCGACAGCUGGUCGGGAUACCUCUGGGAACGAGAGCAAGUCUUAGACAUGAUGAGACGGACGGACGGAGUCGUUAUCUUGAGUGGAGACCGUCACGAACACGCUACGACAAUUUUUCCACCUGGCCGCAAGGGUGGUAAGUCGAUCAUAGAAUUUUCCACUUCCCCUCUCAACCAGUUCUACGAACCGUUCUCCCGGUUCCAUGAACAGAUCGAGGAUACUGAUGUUUCUGUUCAUUCUCACCCGUGGGGGAACUCCAAAUUCGGUGUCGUCUUCUUCGACACGUCGCGUCAGGAUCGUUUGCAAGUAGAUUUUGAUCUCGUGGUAGAUGGGGAGAAGACAUGGAACUACACAUGGACUUAUGAGCGAUAA